AUGGAAUUUGACUGCGACGCGGGGUGUACCUUCACGGCGGCCCCACCUUUUCCACCCAAGCUGAGGUGCGUCAUCUGCGGCCUGCCAUCCACCACCGGCGCCCAACCACCGAUGUCCGAACUACCUAACUGCCUACCUCCACUGGUUAGGAACGCUUCCACCGUUGCAAGCUCUCCGCGAAAUCUAUCAGCGGCGCCGUCCAAUUUCGCUAUCCGACAUCUCUCAUUACCGAACGCCCACCCGAUCGCGCCGAUUCUCACCCCGGACCUUACUGUUAGACACCGCUGCAGCAUCACAACCCUGCUCUACUCCUAGGGCCCCCGGCAUGCACCUAUGAAUUGAAUCCGCGUCGCACCUUCCCCCGCUCGCCGCUCGCGCAUCCGCUUUCACUUCCACUGGCCUCCUGCCCGAACUCCGUAUCGGCUCCCCCGUGCCGGAGCUCUCUCUGCGUCUCUGCGAUGCCCGUGCCGCAACAUGUCCUGAACUGGCUUUACAGUGUUUUGACAAGUGAAUACCACGAUGUGAAUCGCACCUACAACGAUGUAGCCCAGGCGCUCUCCCACUACCCAUCUCUAUCUCCGCGCACCGACGUCCACACUUACGAUAAUGGCUCGUCAGCCCUACUUCUCCGCCUCUCUGGUACCAUACCCGUUGUAUUCAGGGGCACCACAUAUCGCUUUCCCAUAUCUGUCUGGGUGCCUCAUGCCUACCCACGAGAAGCUCCAUUGGUCUAUGUCACUCCGACAGAGUCCAUGAUGGUACGCCCCGGUCAGCAUGUAGAUCCUCAAGGCCAAGUCUAUCACCCAUACCUCGUAGGCUGGGCCGCCUUCUGGGAUAAAUCCACGAUUCUUGACUUUCUAGCCAUCUUGAGAGAUAUCUUCGCCAAAGAGCCACCAGUCAUUGCCCGACCACAAGGCUCACAGCAACCACAGCCACCCGUGGCAUCGCGUCCACCGCAAUCACACGCCCAGACCCCUCCCCCUUUUUCGCCUCUUCCACAUGAGUUGGCAGCUCGUCCGUCGAGUCGCCCGCCUACUCAAACCCCUACAGACGCAUCGCGACCUCCGCCUCCGCCGCCCAAAACGACAAGCACCGAACCGUAUAGAAGCCCACCACCUCCUCCAGAUGCCAGAAACGGCCCUCCUCUCCCACCUCUACCCCCUGGUGCCGCUCGUCAAAGCAUCCAUGAAGGCCUCAAUCUUCAAGAGUCAAGUCGUCCACAAAGCCAAGUGCAUUCUCGGUACGACUCAGCACCGCCUCUACCACCCGUACCUUCCUCUCAUCCACCGCCGCCGCCCCUCGCCUCAUCUCCGCACCAGACUGAAGACACUACACAACAACCGCAAUUCCGUUCCGGACACCCUUCUCAAUCCGUUGCCCCUCGUCACUCAGGGGCCCCUAUGUCGUACCAGCAAAGCUCUCAGCAAUACGGAGGGCCACCUCCAGGUUGGCAACCGGCCGGGCAGUAUCAGGCACCACCUCCGCCGCAGCAACUACAGCAGCAUCCGCCGCCACAACAGCAGGUUGCAAAGCCACCGCCGCCGCCAGAUUUGCUCGAUGCACCCCUCACUCUUAGCAUACCUUCGCCGUCAUCGGUUCCCGCGCCACCGAUUCCACCGAACCCGGAAAAGGAUGCAUUGCUCCACCAACUAGCGCAAACGCUUCACUCCCUUCGACAACGUAGCAGACAGCAGAAUGACUCCAGCAUGGCAGGCUUACAGGCGCAACGUACAGCUAUGAUAUCUGCCUACUCGACACUUCAGUCGGAGAUGGGAACCUUGAAUCAAACAUCCGGGUUACUUCAGUCUAACGCUAAUAUCCUGAUCGACGCGCUGCGAAAAGCCGAUUCUGUUAUCGAGGGAUCAAAACGUCAAACUGCACCUGAUAUCGACGAGCUUCUGGUAGCGCCCACAGUCGUAGCCAACCAGUUAUACGCUUUGGUGGCCGAAGAGAAAGCCAUCGGGGAUACAAUUUUUGUCUUGGGCCGCGCCGUGGAACGCGGAAGGGUAUCACCAGCAGUAUUUGCUAAGACGACACGAUCCCUUGCUAGGGAGUGGUAUCUGAAGAAAGCUUUAGUGCGCAAAAUAGGGAAGGGGAUGGGGCUGGCAGCGUAGUCGAGUAGCCACGUUACGCUCCAAUAUUAUGAUAUUCUAGUACGCUAAGUACUUUAGCAGACCAAAAUUUCACUAAGACUAUUCUCUUUGUGCCCGGCGAUCCCUUUGCUGGCC